CCGGUUUCGCUGUGUUUCGCUAUUUUACGAUAAUAUGCUGUUCACUUUAUUCAACUAUUAUUGCAUCGUGGGCUUUUAUGCAAUCGGAGUAUUGAUUGCAACAUGUGCAUUUGAACUGUUUUUCUACGUAGCCUAUUUGAACGAUCUGCGAACGAUACCGGUAAGUAGUGAGUAUGAUUAUAUCAUCGUCGGAAGCGGGACAGCUGGUUCCUGGAUUGCAGCCCGAAUUCCAUCCGACAAUGUGCUUCUCUUAGAAGCAGGCCCUACGUGGAAUAGGUUGAUGGAUAUUCCGCUAUUUUUACCGCUACUGCAAGGUACACAAUAUGAUUGGCAAUAUCUAUCAGAACCGCAAACACAUUCGUGUUGGGCCAUGAAAGAAAAUCGCAGCCGUUGGCCAAUGGGUAAAGUAGUCGGUGGCACACACAUGCUGAACAACAUGAUUCACUUCAAGGCGGACCGGAAAGAUUUCUCUAAUUGGUUUGUAAAGUCUCAAGAUUUAAACCGCUUCUUGGAGUUUUUCGAACUCGACCUAUGGCCAAAUGUUGAACGUGGUUUUACUACCGAGCUCGGACGAGUUUUCAUUGACGCUGCGAAAAACCUCGGGUUCAGAGAUGAUGAAUUUUUUCAACCAUUACUUACGACAAGGAACGGCAGAAGAUGGACGACAGCACAUGAGUAUGAAAAGGCUCAGCGAAGCGGGCACGAAAAAAUGACAAACAGUCUGGUGGAAAAAAUAAUAGUCGAUAAAGGAAUCGCUAGAAGCGUGCUGGUUUCCCGAGCAGGACUGCGAUUUCCGGUAAGCGCCAGGAAAGGAAUCAUUUUAACUGCAGGAACAGUAGGCUCAACCAAAAUAUUGCUUCACAGUGGCAUUGGACCACGGUCGGAGCUGGAGCAGCUGGGAAUCAAAACACUUAUCAAUCUGCCACAGGUUGGAAAGAACCUGCAAGAUCAUAUAGGCACCGGAUCGGAGCUGCUUUUAAUACGGAAGUCCUUAAACCUUCAUCCGGUUGAUCUCGUCCAUCCUAAAAAUCUUCUAAAUUACUUUACGAGCAAUCAUCAACGAUCGUCUCUUUCGUUCGGCGGAUGUGAAGCAGUUGGUUUCGUUUCCCUCGGCAGUAAUUACACGAGCGAUCUUCAAUUUAUGGUACUUCCAGCCGGUCUCACUUCCGACGGCGGUGUACACUUGCGGAAGAUACUUAACAUAAAAGAUUCCGUUUGGCACGAUUAUUAUGAACCGCUUUUGAGGAUGGGGCAGUCAGCCGUCACGGUUUUACCAAUUCUGCUGCAUCCAAAAAGCAAUGGACAAAUCUUUCUCCGAAGUGCGAAUGUACGAGACACCCCAGUUAUCGAUCCCAAUUAUCUAACUUCGAGGGACGAUGUAAACGUUCUCAUCAAAGGAAUUCGUUUGCUGCAAAAGAUCACUCAACAACCGUCCGCAAGUGAAAUAGGGCUAGAAUUUAACCCGAAACCAUUUCCCGGCUGCACAAAGCAACCGUUCGAUAGUGAUGCGUACUGGGAAUGCUACAUUCGAUCAGUUACGCACACUAUUUACCAUCCGGUGGGUACAUGUCGGAUGGGAACCACAAGUGCUGAUUCGGUUGUGUCAUCCACUGAUCUUCGUGUGCACGGUGUGCAGAAUUUGUUCGUGGCGGAUGCGUCCGUUAUGCCGGGUCUGCCAAGCGGAAAUCCUAAUUCAGUAGCAAUGGCCAUUGCUGAGUAUUUUGUACGAUCAAAUUUUCCAUCCUCAGAAACGCUGGUGAAAUAAAAAGAAAGGAAACAGAACGAAA